UUUAGGUUUGAGAAGCUGACUACUGUGACCAACAUCUUGCUGGUCAACCUGGUGAUGUCCUCCUUGAUCUUCAGGAGCAGUCUCCCCUUCAUGGGAGUCUACUUGCAGCUCUCCAACUGGAUCUUCGGCAAUGUCAUGUGCAAGAUUCAUGGCACCGUGUACUAUCUGGGCUCCUACAGCUCCGUCCUGUUUCUAACCCUUUUGACCUUCGAUCGACACCUUGCAGUUGUUCACUCGCUGACCGCGUCGCGAUUGAGAAGUCAAAGGUAUGCGGCAGUAUCCUGCGCGGUGGUGUGGUUGGUCAGCUGCCUGGCAUGCAUCAAGCCCAUGAUUCUACACAAGGCGUUUGUUGAUUUCGAGAACACAACGUACUGUCAGGAGUAUCCUAAUGAAAUACCUGGUAUAGAAGGGAAGCUGCUGAGUGACUUUGGAUUCUACAUUCAGCUUAUCCUUUUCUUGAUCGUUCCUCUUGCUGUUACCAUCUACUGCCAUGUCAGGAUUUCUAUCACUGUCGUUUCAUCCAAGAUUGUCACCAAAUUCAAGACACUCAGGUUGAUAUUUGUCAUUGUACUGCUAUUUUUCACAAGCUGGACCCCAUUUAACAUUCUAAUGCUGAUGAAUGAUGAAGACGCUGACUGUGAAACAAGGCAGAAAAUGGAUUAUGCUCUUGAAGUCACUCGUGUCAUGGCCUACGCUUACUUUUGUAUCAGUCCCGUCUUUUACACAUUUGUUGGGAAAAAGUUUCAGAAGUAUUUCCGACAGUUUCGGGUAAAAACUUUCCCAGGGUUUAAGAGGGAUGUUUCUAUCUGUCUGCAGAAUAGGAGCAAGAUGUCUACACAAAGCACACAAAAUUAGCUCUAGGAAUCAGAAGCCUUUUGAUUUUAAGGACCUCUAUGUGGCCAAUAUUAGGAAUUUAAGCAAAAGA